AUGGAAAAUGAACCAUAUCAAAGUCAACGUAAUUAUCAACAACAAGCUGCUGAAUAUCUAAGUCAAGCAUUAGAAUAUGAUGAACAAUCAGAAAAUCAUGAAUUAGCUAUUGCAUUAUAUAAAAAAGGCAUUGAAGAAUUAGAAAAAGCAAUAAACUUAAAUAUUGAUCCAAAUGAUCAACGCGCACUAGAGUUACGUACAAAAAUGCGUAAAAAUUUAGCUAUGGCUCGUGAACGAGUUGAAAUUUUACAAAAAUUAAUUCAAACUGAUUCCAAUCCAGUAAUGAAAGUUCACGUCCAGCCAACUAAAGUUCAACGUCCAUUACGACCUCGUAGUAUUGGUUCAGCACCUUCAUCUGCUUCAUCUAAUUGUCGCUCUCGUGUUAUGUCACCUGCUCCUGCUUCUGCCUCAUCGAUGCGUUUAACUUCUAAAUUAAAACAACCACCUCCACAAACUAUGAAUAAUCGAAUAAAAGAACUUCCAUCAACAGCAAAUGCUAGGAAAAUACCAACACAAAACCAAUCACAACGAAUAUCACUUAAAUUACCCAAUGUUGAACCUAAACUUGUUUCAUAUAUUCUUAAUGAAGUCAUUGAAAAUAGACCACAUGUCAAAUUCGAUGACAUAAGUGGUCAACAAGGAGCUAAACGAGCACUUGAAGAAGCUGUUAUUUUACCAGUUCUUCGACCAGAAAUGUUUACUGGUUUACGUGCACCUGUACGAGGCAUUCUUUUAUUUGGACCUCCCGGUAAUGGUAAAACAAUGCUGGCAAAAGCUGUAGCUUCUGAAGCUAAAGCACGAUUUUUCAAUAUAAGUGCAUCAAGUUUAACAUCAAAAUAUAUUGGUGAAGGUGAAAAAUUAGUUCGAGCUUUAUUUACUGCAGCUCGUGAAUUACAACCAUCGAUUAUCUUUAUUGAUGAAGUAGAUUCAUUACUUACAGCACGUAAAGAAUCUGAACAUGAUGCAAUGCGUCGACUUAAAACUGAAUUUCUUAUUCAAUUUGAUGGUGUUCAAACAAAUAAUGAUGAUCGUAUUCUUGUUCUUGCUGCAACAAAUCGUCCAUUUGAAUUAGAUGAUGCAGCAUUAAGACGUUUUCCCCGUCGUAUUUAUAUACAAUUGCCAGAUAUUAGAACACGUGAACAACUUUUAAAAUAUUUACUUAAUAAACAAGAACAUAAUUUAACAGACAAUGAUUUUCGAUGGAUUGCUAAUGAAACUAAUGGUUACUCAGGUAGUGAUUUAACUGCUGUAGCAAAAGAUGCUGCAAUGGGUCCUGUACGUGAAUUAGGUGUUGAAGAAUUAAAACAAUUAUCAAUUAGUCAUAUUCGUCCAAUAUUACGACAAGAUUUUAUACAAGCAUUAAGAAAAAUUCGAGCAAGUCUAUCAUCAUCAACACUUGAUAAAUAUAUACAAUGGAAUUCAACAUUUGGUGAUUGUAGUUAA